GGUGUGUGCUCAUGUAUCAACCAAUCAGCGUCAAGAUUGCUCAAAAUUACAAGCCCGCAAUUUUGAAAAGAACUAGCAGCGGUUCAAUUUCAAAAUGGCGGAAGCAGACGAAAGUGAAGGCAUCGAUUACUACGCAGUUUUGAACGUCCGAAAAGAGGCUAAUGAAAAUGAAAUAAAAGCAGCCUACAGGCGCAUGUGCGUGUUGUACCAUCCAGAUAAACACCAUGAUCCAGCCAAGAAGAAAAUUGCUGUAGAGCUGUUUAGUAAAAUUCAAAAGGCCCAUGAAGUCCUUAGUAAUCCAGAAAAAAGAGGAAUUUAUGAUGUAUAUGGCCAGAAAGGAUUGGAUGCAGGUUGGGAGAUUAUUGAAAGACAAAGAACACCAGCUGAAAUUCGUGAAGAAUAUGAGAGGCUACAAAGAGAAAAAGAGGAGCGGCGUUUACAACAAAUCACAAAUCCAACAGGCAGUAUAUCCGUUGGAGUGGAUGCUACUGAUUUGUUUGAUCAUUAUGAAGAUUCUUUUGAUGAAAGAGUUUUGCCAAAUAUCGAAGUGAGGUCAAUGUCAAUGUCACAGUCAAUAGAGGCACCUCUUACUCGUACAGAUACACUCACUUUAGGUGGCUCUUUAGAUGUCAAGAAUGGAAAUGGUAGUGGGAGUGUUUCAGUGGCAGCAAAGAGGACUCUGUCACACAGAUCAUGGGGCGAGGCAAUGUUUGAGGCUGGGAAUGGUCCUACACUAACAUUUCGAGCAUUUACAAACCUUACGCAAAGAAGUUAUGUAAUUGGAGGAGUUGCUCUUAAAAGUGAUGGAAGUGCUUUGUCUGCUGGAUUUAACUGCAUGGUUGCUAGGCAACUCGACAGACACACUAUAGGUUAUAUAACAUACAGGGCUGGAAUGCAGUCAUCCAUGACCACAACUCUUAUAAGGGAGACUGAGAACAGCAAAGCAGUCAUUACAAUUCAGCUUGGUGUCCCAAGUUCAUUUACAUUAGCAUCUUAUACAAGAAAAAUAGAAAAGAACACAAAACUCAGAGGCUACAUAAAAAUUGGAACAUUUGGUUCUAUGGUUGCCUAUGGAUGUGAAAGACAGAUUACAGAGCACAGUAAAUUAACAGCUACAAUGUGUAUUGGGUCACCAGUUGGUGUGUUGGUUAAAGUAAAAUUGACGCGUGCAUCUCAAGUGUAUAAUUUUCCAAUCAACCUGUCAGAGGAAAUCAAUCCAGCAGCCAUAUUUUACGGCACAGUAGUACCAGUGGCUGUGUUCUGGGUUGUUAAGAUGCUAAUUGUCAAUCCAUUUUUAAAGAUGGAAAAAGAAAUGGAGUCUGAAGCUAAUCAAGCCAAAUAUGCCAAACAAAUGGCUGAGAAGAAAAGAGAUGCAGAGAACAGUAUACGACUCAUGCAAGAGACCUGCGAGAGAACACUAGAAUACGAGACUGCCAGGCAUGGGUUAGUGGUAGUGAAUGCUUGGUACGGACAUUUGAUAUCCAUGGGAGAAAGUUCAGAGGGCGUCCACCGAGGUCCCAGUAAAGUGAUCGAUGUUACUGUCCCUGUGCAGUGCCAAGUAAAGGACUCGCGUCUCUUUCUUACAGAGUCUCCCAAGAGUAAUCUGAGUGGGUUUUACGAUCCCUGCCCUGAAGAAGAAAAAAUGCUGAGAAUACGAUAUCUGUUCAGAGACGCAAUGCACGAAGUUACAUACGGGGAUAAGGAAUCUGUACGAAUACCCAAACAAUGUAAGCACUGCACGCUUUUUACGGCAAAGCGUGCCAGGUUUUAAUCUUUAUGUUGGUUUUCCCAUUUCUUAGCCAAUCAGAAACCACGUUAUUCUGGGAGGCGGGGAAUUAAAUUAGUCACGUGAUGGUGGUUCUUUGAUUGGCGUCACAGAAGAUUGGAAAACCGUCAAAAAGUUUCAGAAAGCUGUCUCCCCAAAUAUCCUCUUGAUUCCACUCUCUUGUUCAUCACUUGAAAUUUUAUCUAUUAGAAAAAUGGAAAUGCAUUUCUAAUGAGCAAGAAGAGAGGAGAGUCCAAGGAAAUGGUCGACGUAGAAAAAUUUCCGCGUGGAAAUUUUUAUGUAUUGUGGUUUUCGAAAAUCCAAGAUCGAACAAAACAUGUCAUAGAAUACCAAUACAGGUAACUUGACUUAAACACUGUGAGGAUUACUGCGCCUUUCAAUAACAUUCGGGUUCUAAAAUUCA